UUAUAAGGUUUCCCGGCUCUAACCACUAAACACUCGAGAAAGAAAUCCGAUUUACCAAGGCACGCUCAUUUUAGAUCAAUACAGAACGUUUAUGCGCGUUUCCUACAACGCUUAAUCGCGCUUUACUACGAGCUGCUAUUUUCUCGAAGUGUUUCGUCCGAUCGAUAUGCCACAAGAAAUCCGGUCUCUGCGAUUUUUGUUUCUUUAUACCGUCUUCUUGCUCGCUCAAAGUGGGAGCAGCACGUUUAAUAUUACAAGAUACACGAAAGGCGAUGUUUUUCAGAACACAAACUCCUCGGAAUCUUGCAUUGAUACGUGUGUUCUCAACGACGAGAAUUCGCAAUUUUGCGCAGUCAACUGUUGUAGUUGUGUUUGUCCGAGUCACUCUCCCACGUAUCUUCUAAAAAACGGGAAUUGUAGCUCAGAAGAUCGCUUGAUGGCAAUUCUGAAAGCUCAAAGUGGAAUUCAAGGUGAGUCUAUUUUUGUUCUUUGAAAACUUGGCUUGAACUGGUUGUGUAUGCUAAACGUACCCAGCGCCAUUUUGAACUAUCGCGCAGGCAUAGUCGGCGUAGGGCGAUCACUUUUGGAUAAAACAAAAAACUCGGCAAGAUGUGAAGUUUAUAUGACCGAAUGUUUUUUUUAAGCCACGUGUGCUCAUGACUGUGGAGUGAACUUCGCCACUAAACGUGCAGUUAAAGAUCAUAUCAGUGUGAGGACCUUGGCUUCUUCACCCGUGAGUCUUCAUUAAUCACGCUAGAUCGAUAGCUCGAAUUUUCACUGCCAAUUUUGUUUAUGAAGAAGGCUCAUUUGCUGUAUUCAUAAAAAAGUAAACAGAUUUGGAAAAACAAAAAAAAUAAUAAUUAAAAAAAAAAUGUUGAAGGAUUUUUACAGGGUGAUUGAUCUUCCUAAACCUCUUGAAAUGAAAUAAAAAUUCAACAGUCUUAUGUUCUCACUGUCGCUCAGGAUAAAGCUUACAAAACGUCAAAUGUUAAGAAGAAACAUCAGUAUUUCUUUAAUAAACGACUUUGUCGUUCAUUUCACAAGAUUUUUGUUUUUGUUUUUGUUUUGUAUAACUGAAUUUUCGAUUUAGUCGCUCUUUAGCUUUCGAUACAUGUUGCACGCGAAUAUUUUAUCCAAAUUCGUGUUAACGUAGUCUCGGCACGUGGUGUUCCCAAGGUCAUUCUAGUUUGAACGUACACAGUGGUUGUAUGCCGGCCACAUUUUAAUAAAAGGCCAGUUCUUACCCCAAUUCCAGACCAUACUAGUUACUCGUGACUCUAGUUUUAAUUCUCAACGUUGCGUAUCACUUUAAAAAUUUCAUCCGUCAUAACACAUUUGUAAUCGUAGAUUCGUCAGUUUCCGCCACCUGUUCCGAGGUUUAAAAUCGUAUCUAAAUUUGACAAGGGUGUAAAAUUUCCAUUCUUUAGAAAAAGGCUUGACGGAACUGAAAAAAUUUAGAUAUAAAUUCUCCGCAACAGAUGCAGUUCAUUUGCCAAUAAUCCACUUCGCAUAAUUUCUAAGACGAUCAUUACAUUAUAGUUCGCAUGCCCCGUAGGUCAUUUUUCAGGAGAAAUUAAAAUCUUUUAAAGUUUAAGUAAAAAAAAAUGGCUUAAAAAAACAUGAUCAGAAUUAAAUCCUUAUUUUCGCUCUCUGAAAUGAAAUGUUAUACCAAAAGUGACAAAUUUAAUUGGCUGUCUUCCUUCUUAGCGAUAUAAAUGGGUUUUGACGUUGACUUCGUGGGAAACUGUUAGUAAUUUAUAUCAAUAUUUCAUGUAGAAAAAAUGUAACGUUGGCAUUGUUUCAGUCACAGAAUAUGCAUUUUAAUAGCCCAACAUGGUUUCUCCAACCUUUUCCUGUCUUUCGUCGAGAAGUCCCGGUACCUUUCCCACUCGCCGUAGCUGUUGAAGUUUUCUUUCACUCCUGUGACUUAUUGAGAACAAAUUUAACUUGGUAACUUUUUUAAGGAGAAAGUUAUAAUCUUCUUCCUGUUUAAAAAAUGUCAUGUCAUUUGAAUAGCGAGCUGAAAUUUUGUCUUGUGCGAGGGGUAAACCGUUCAAUCAGAAUAUGUGAAAAAAUCAUCAAAGGAACGAAAAGAAAGCAAAGUUGAUGUAGGAAUUAUCGUGAUAAAAAAGGCGUAGUUCAAAAAGAAGCUAAAACAGGAAAUACUGAGGUUUUUGUAACUUUUGAGUCUCGUGUGAAUCGGGUUAAAUACUUUUUAUUAUGCUGUACAAGGUGUUUCUAACUUUUAAGCGGUCUGGAUGAAAUAUUCAAAUAAAAGCUACUGAGCUGUUCUUUCUUGUGGUACUGUUUAUUAUGCUGUUCACGGUGGUUCUAACUUUUGAGUCUGUUGAUGAAACCCUAAAGUGUGACCAUUCAAGUGAAAGCUACUGAGCAGCACUUUCCUGUGGUACUGUUUAUUAUGCUGUACAAGGUGCUUUUAACUUUUGAGUCUGUGGAUGAAAUCCUAAAGUGUGACCAUUCAAAUGAAAGCUACUGAGCAGUACUUUCCUGUGGUACUGUUUAUUAUGCUGUACAAGGUGGUUCUAACUUUUGAGUCUGUGGAUGAAAUCCUCAAGUGUGACCAUUCAAAUAAAAGCAACUGAGUAGUACUUUCCUGUGGUACUGUUUAUUACACUGUACAUGUACAGGGUGGUUCUAACUUUUGAGUCUGUGGAUGAAAUCCUAAAGUGUGACCAAUCAAAUGAAAGCUACUGACCAGUACUUUCCUGUGGUACUGUUUAUUAUGCUGUACACGAUGGUUCUAACUUUUGAGUCUGUGGAUUUGAAUAAAAGCUACUUAGGAGUACUUUCCUUUUGAAAGCUAACGAGCAGUGCUUUGAAGAUUUUAUGAAAGUAUUUUAUUGUUUCAGUUUAUUUCUUAAAUACAUGAAAAGGGGCAACGACAAUUAAACAAAAACAGAGCCUUACUAACGUACCAGAACAGACGUUUCAGUGUGAAUUUCCCAAUAUUCUGCGGAUAUUUUACUUACAGCAUUUUUUGAACUUUAGAUUGCGAUCAUCGCAUGGUUGUGUCAGAGUCGCAUUUUCCAUGCGGGAAAGAAGUCAUUACAACAUUGGACAGUCUCAGCUCUCCGGGCAAUAGAAGCUUACACCUUUGUUCUUGGAAUAAAAAUAUCGGCGAUUCCCUUAUUCAUUAUAGGUAUCUCAAGAAUUUAAAUAAUUGUGAGAUAGUUCCGGAGGAAUCGCUCUAUCUCAUCAACGGUAGUUGGAAAAGUUGUUCAUCUCAAGAUCCUUUCCUGGCGAAGCUAAAUGUUGAAAUUGUACAAGAUCCUGUGUUUGAUAAUGACAAGCUUUAUUUGAAGGUGACGAAAAUUGACUGUAUACACUCCACAUACACUAUAUACACUCCAUAUACUACACCUAAAAUAUUUCCCUAUUUUCCUAAAGAAAAGAAGCGAAGGACAGAAAUUCCCGAGCGCGCGUGAACUCACGUGCCGCUUCUCCUCGCAAGAGGGGACUUCCUACGCAGCGCUCGCGUUUUCUCUUGCUUCCCCUUAGGAAAAUGAGGGACUGGUAGCCAAGGGGCUCCUACUGUCGCACAUUUCUCCUCUUUAUCAGCGAAUUAUUAUUACAUCCGAAUUACAUCCGUGCCCAUAUGCAAAAAAGCCCCUGUCAUUUUAUCGCAAAGGGCUCUGAGCAAUCGAAACGUCCUAUUAAUAAGACUUAAAAUUUUGUGUUUAUUCGCCCACUUACUAACUCAGCACCACAGGUUCUUUUGAAUAUAAAGCCCUUUAUUCGUUUGUAAUAAGAAUGUAUGAGUUGCCAUGGUAACUUAAUCUGAAUGUUCGCCAAUGGUCGUUCCAGCCGGUCGGCCCAAGCCUGCCCCUCUCGAUCAGUUUGAUUCUGAAAAACAUGGCAAAGAUUCUAGAAUUUUGCAGUAACAACUAAGCGGCGAUCCUUAAUAUUGUAAGAAAAAUAAUUUUAUCAUAUGUUUAGGACUUAUAGAGUGUUUUGACAUGACGUCACGGCGGCCAUAUUGGUAUCCCAAACCAGUCCUAUGGGAGCUGAACUUUUUUGUUACACAAACGUUUUCUUUUUUUGCAACCAAUUUGCAUAGAUGCUGGCCACGUGAGUGAAAACGCUCUAUACGUAAGACGUUUUUAAAUUUACUUUUUUAUGUGUUUUUAUAAUAGUGGAACUCAGACAUCGGAAAGCAAUAUGACGGGCUCAUUUUCUCUCUCAAGUUGCUCUGUCGCAGUAAGCAAGGGAAGGAUUUAAAGUCUUGUGUCCACUUCAAGAAAUCUGGAUCAUGUAAGUUCAGCGACGCUUUUUUUUAGUGAUUUCUUUCUUAGUAUUAAGAGCUUCUCAAAUCAACCAAAAGAAGAAAUAUUUCUUUUCGUAAUGCAAUUGUACAGUCUGUGAGACCUUUCUCGUACAUACAGCCUAAUCUUUCGUCUUACUUAAUAAACGCGCCUCGCGCUUAACACUAGGUUAUCACAUCCUUCGCCCUUAGUAAAAUUUUCUCGUAAAAAUCGUUUAUAAUGUUUAUUUGACCGGCUACACUCAUGUAGAAAAUUAAAAAUCGAAGUGUUUUAAUUGCCGCUUAAUUUAUUGUCUUUGCAGUUACUGACAUCAAACCAACUUCAAAACCGGCGUUGCUGAAGAGCACUCGGUUACCAGCUACCUCGGUCGUGCAAACUACAGCGGAAACGACUAAAACCACAGCAGAAACAACGAUAAAAGCAACCGUCCAGACAACUGUGACAUCAAGAGAAAACCUUACAUCAACUGCGCACGCGCCAACUUCCUUAGGUUUCGGUGUUGUUCGUGGUACACCGUUCGAUGACCCGCCAAAGAACAACGCAAACAGCAUAGUACUUAUUAUACUCGCUUCACUGGCUGGGGCUCUCUUUGGUUUGCUGGCUUGUUCAACUUUGGUGUUUCUGAUCUGGAGACGAAAUAGGUACUAUCACCUACUCUGUCACACCAAAGCAAACUCUUAUUUUGCUAAAUUAAAAUUUUGUGGCACUUGCAAAGUGCCUGUUGCUUAUUUAUCUUGCACAUGUACAACCAUCAAGUUUACGCGGAAAUUCACUUUUUUAAAAAAAAAUCCUCCAGUUUUCAAUUAAUUACCAAUCAGAAAAUGGAAUUUUUGGAAUUGUAUGUGUUGUUUAGCGGCAGUCUUCUACAGUCGUGGUUUGAUAGAACUUCAAAUGUGAAAAUCAUCUAAUAAAGGGUAGAUUCAUUAACGAGGCCAGCAGCUAUACGGCUUUAAUACUUGAGCAAAAGAAAGCGUUUACGUAAGAAAAGAGUUCAGCUCCAACCGGAUUGGUUUGUUACACCAAUAUGGCCGCCGUUUCAUUGUUUGGAACGGUUGUGACUAGAAUGGACACCUUAAAAUGAGGUUGGACACCUUAUCUUUAUUACACAACGCUAUACUCUGUACUAUAUGUAUGCGAAUUUAUUGGGCACAUUUUUGAGGAAAGUGGGGAAAUCAGAGAAAAGGACAGUUUUGCAAGGAAAAGAGUUGAAUACAGGGUUUAGCACCGAAAUACAGUGAUUAGGGUUAAGAACUUUUUUAAAAACGGUUAGCUUUCAAUAAUGUAAUGAUCAGUGCCAUGUAAAGUACGUUAAAAUUAACCGGUGUUGGCAGUUAGCGUUUGAUGGUGUAGUCGGAUACGGAUAUGGAUUAUACAUCAAAUGACGUGGGUUCAAGUCCUACAUACUACCUAUUGUUUUCUUCUGUUUCACUUCUUCUCUGAUUUACUACUUUAAGUUAUAAGACUCCUAUCAUGUAUUUUGAGUGACGAUGACAAUCUUACUUUGGGGUAUCCAUUCUAGUCACAACCGUUUUGGAACGUUAAUAGGCUGAUUUAGCAAAAGAACGGGAACGUCAGUUGACGACGGCGCGCGCAAAUCAAACAACUGGCCUGACCAAUGGCAGAGCGGCAAAUUGGGCACCGGAAGUCGAGUUUAGUCCUUUACGCGCGCUUUUAUGUCGUCAACUGACGUUCCCGUCCUGUUGUUAAAUCAGCCUAAUAUCGCCGUCGUGACGUCAUGUUAAAACGCUCCAUAAUUCCAGCGGGAAAAUGCAAGGCCUUUAUGCGAUAUGAAUCAAUGAUGAUGAAUAAACCUUGAUUUAUUUGUAUAUUUUUGAAAGCUACAUGCACCGUUUUGCUUAAUGUCUUAACUGAUUUUAUUUUGCAGAAAUUUUCAAGUGAAAAAGGAACUUAAUAAAGGUAGGCUUAUUUUAUUUUGUUAAACAUGGAAAAGUGAAUACAUUCCAACCUCCAUGUGAUCACCUCUCGUAAUCAAAGCGAGUACCUAUCCAAAACACCAAAAUUUUUUCAUUCAAAGCCCAAUAAUUAAAAACCUAUCGUAAGCGACCGCGACCACUUUGACAGAAAGUGAACAAACUUGUGUACCACAUUAUAAGUGCAAUGAUAUCUUAGUGCCUAAUAUCGUAGAUAUCUUAGAGCUCUUUGAGUUGAUUGACCUUCUUUUUCUGUUACAGCAACUAACCCGUUAUACGAACGUGGUGCUUCCGGUACGCUCAAAUUGACACACAUUCAAAAUGGGAACGGACAAACCGAGGAGGUCUGGCCCGAUUAUCAGCCUCUAGUGGAGAAUACCAAGCCAAGAGAGCGAGCAGACAGUCUGCCAGGUUACCGAACUCUCUCCAUAGGACAGAAACCCAAUCAGCAUCUUACGUCAGAUCGAGGCGCUCGCUCAUCCAAUUAUCUUAGUUUACUAAAGGACGAUCCUGAGGAGGAAAGAAUGUAUCAGACUUUGAUAAUAAAAGACGCUAACUCACAGGUAAGUUUCUUCACUCACACGGAGCCCGCGUACCAAGCGUUUUCAAUCGAGUUAUUAGGGACCUUACGAUCCGACAACGGCGACGUCCAUGAAAACGUCACUGAAAAACAGACUUCGCAUCAUUUUAACCCUUUCACUGCCAAAUGAGGCCAAAGGCAAAUUUGGACCAAAUUUCCAAAUUUCAUUUUCUAAUAUUUUGACAAAAAAAUAGCAUCAUGUGAAAGUACAGGCAGAGAGCUUUCAUUUGAAUGGUCACAUCAUAGGAUUUCAUCCACAGACUCAAAAGAUAAAGUCACCCUACAAAACUCCAUCAAGCACUCUGGCAGUGAAAGGGUUAAACUUUUUCGCGAUUAUCCCAAUUCGCCGUGUCACUUAAAAGAAGGGGAUUUUGGCUGGAGCUGAAGAGAGGGGAACGCGCUCAAGUUCGGACAUAGUUGGUAGAAUUUAUCGCCUUGCCGUUCCCGUUCCCAAGUAAACUUAAAAUUUGGUCAUUUCACGUCGUUGUUGUGCAGUGAAGGCAAAGAAAUGCACAAAAAAGCGUGAUGCACGUGCAGAGUUGUUGUGUUGCUCAUUAAACGUACUGCUUUUUGACGUUCCCUUUGCCGUCGUGCUCGUGGUUUCGUAAGGUCCUUAAACUCACUAUGGUGCGAACGUUAGAGCAAGAGGAAAAGAAAUGGAAGAUCGAAGGGGGAGGAGUAGGUUUCCAUCUCUUCCCCCCUCACCUCCCUCUUGAUUCCUCUUUUUUGCUCCUGUCCAAACUUUCUCGACGAACUCGCGCCGAAUAGAUCACGUUGCUGUAGCUACAUAUCAAAAUUAUAUAUUAAAGUGAUAUGGUUUGGCACGAAAUUUUUCCUCUCUUGUUGAAAAAUAUUUCUUUCGUUCGCUUCUCUCUCUCGUAAAAUAUUUUCCAACACUCGAAGAGAAAUUUCGUAUCUCCGCGCGGCCAUGCAAUAUCCUCUAAUUAUGUAAAACUUCCACCAGAGAAGUUCAGUUAAAUGGUAAUACCCCAGGAAUCCCAAGGCCCGAUUCCUGAAAUUCUUUUUGGUUUCAAUACGGGAUUGAAAUUUUCUAUCGACAAUUGUAUCUUUCCUCCUAUAGAUUGUUCAGAGUAUCAUUUUUUUGUUUUCAUAUAAUGAUCGCGGGCUUCGUGGGCUUGCAUGAAAAGAAUGAUUUAAUGCAUGUACUUUUCGCGCGAUCACUUACCUUAUUGUUGUUUGGUGUUAUUACAGAAGUUGGAAAUUAUCGAUGAAGCAAAGAUUCCAGAUUACGCAGAACUUGAAGAACGAUCUGAUAGCGAAGGUCAGUUACUAGAACACUUUUUUAGUACAAUCACAAGUUCUGCUAUCUUAGACGUGAGGUCAGUAAUUCUGGUUUAGCCUAUCUCAACAAGUAGCUGGAACAUACAGUAUAAUACAUUUUGUGACGCCACCAAUGCAUCGUUCGUCGCAAAAUGACGUCUGAGAAAUGAGUGCAGAAUUCCAUACUGAUGACUCGUCACGAGCUAGAUGUGGGUAGUGCGCCUGAUUGGUUGAAAUUUGCUUCACCAAAUCAGAAGCACUACCCAGAUCUGGGUAGUGACGCGUCAUUUCUGUCCUCGUUCCACCAAUGUCAUUUCCGGCGGGGAAACCAGUGUUAGCAUCGCGAAUUGUCAGCUUUGUUCUCAGGCUAUAUAAUUAAUACCGGUAGCUCUGGAGGAAAAAAUCGGGCAAUAAGUGUUAUGACAUUCACACUUUAGGAUUUCAUCUACAGACUUAAAAGUUAACAAACAGUACCAGGGCCAAAGUAUUGCUCAGUAGCUUUCAUUUGAAUGCUCACAUUUUAGGAAUUCCUCCUCAAGCUUAGAAGAUAGAACCACCUUGUACAGUAUAAUAAACAGUUCCACAGGAAAGUACUGUUUAGUCACACUUUAAGAUUUCAUCCACAGACUCGACAGCUAGAACCACCUUGUACAGCAUGAUAAACAGUACCACAGGAAAGUACUGCUCAGUAGCUUUCAUUUAAAUGGUCCGCCACACUUAAAGAGUUCAUCCAGAGUCUAAAGUGAGAAUCACUCUUUAUAGCUUAAUAUUAGAAUCGCGCAUAAUUGCUCUGGCUGGAUGGCUAAAUAGCGGCGGUUUCAUGUUGAUAAUGGUUACAUUAGAAGUUUUCAUUGGUUGUCUGUCGAGUGAUAUCAAACUUAUUUCAAUUUCAGAUUCGUUUGACUCAGAUGAUUCUAAAGAUUACGAAGAACCUCCUCCUCCUUUAGAGAGCUUUGUUGAAAGAAAACCUUGUCCACCUGCAAAAGGGAAAUUAAAUAAUUUGUCGUCAGCUUUUCAUGACUAUGACGAACCAGAAGGCAUCAUUGUGAUACCAGAUAAUGAAAAUGAUUCGCCUGAGCAGGUAAUAAGUUGUGGUAAUGACUUUCAUGAUUAUGCAGAUCCCGAUGACACGGAUGAAGACAAUGUUAAAUGUCACGUGACACCACAGGAGGAUCUCUCGUGUUACCAUGAUUACGAUGACCCCUCUGAAUGAAGAUAGGGCACGUGACCUUAACUGUUUACAGCGUGGUUUAUGGUUCGAUCGUUCUUUGUAGCGUCGGUUAUGUCGUUUUGUGAGAGACUGGUUGGAAAUCGCAUCUGGUCGAAAAAAUAAACGCAGUUUGAUGGAACAGUCAAAACUCGAAACAAAGAGCAUUUGGCCAAUGCCCAAAAGGAAAAACUUACAGCCGGUGUCAAAAAGGAAUACACUUGUACGAUGCCUCUCAUCUAGUCAUAGUGAGGAGGCGCCGGAAGUGUCAAGCGCGGGAAACCUAGAAAUGAUGCAAGGCUAAAGAAACUGGAGCUGGUGUUAUGCGCGGGAAAAAGCAGACCGUGUUGAAAGCGCGGGAAAAUUUUGUCUGAUUUCAAGAGAACAAGUUGGGCUCCCUUGUCUUGGUUUCGCUUCAGUCCUUUUUCUUUCUCUGUGUAGGACGACAAGUCAUCUGGCAUAUCAUAGAGUUGAAAAUACAUCGUUUUAGAUGUCGAAAGAAGAAAAUUCUCUAUCCUUAAAAAAUCAUUACUUUUGCUCGAGUAACACAGAGAAACUUUUUGUGCAAAAAGUCUCAGGGUCGUACUUAAAUUGAUCGCAUGCUUCGGGCUGCGUAUAUUUUUAAUCUACAUCAGGGACGAACUUAUUUCCCUGAGGGGG